AUGCGCGUCAACUACCCGCGGAAUCUCGAUGAUCGGGACCUCGAUCGUUACAAUCCGCAGUACAGUCGACCCCUAUCGCAACCGACGGCGAUGACUUACACGCUCCUACGCAUCCAGUUGGCCGACAUCUGCCGCAGCGCCAUCGAUGCGCUACCCCCGCCGUUUUCGGACUGGGGCGAGGUGAACUACGAUCGGUUCAUCUCGCUGGACCAGCGAUUCGAAGCCUUCAUCCGCAGUCUACCCGUCUUCUUCCGCCUCGACGAGGCCAGCCGCCAUCAAAGCCGAGACGUCGAGCACCAGUACCCCCAGAUCAUCGUGCAGCGGUACAUCCUCUGGUCGACCCUGCAGGGGCGCCGGUCGAAGUUAAAUCAGCCGUUUCUCACGCGCGUGUCCAUGAACCCACGCUAUCAAUACUCACGGAAGGUGUGCCUGCAGUCUGCGCGCUGCGUGAUUGAGCUCAAGGCCCUCAUGGAUCAUGACAUGGCCUCGCUCGCCUCAGCCCAUGUGCGGCUGGCCACCUUCCUCCACAACUACUUCCUGGCCACCGCGGUGCUGGUCAUGGAUCUGUGCCUCAAUAAGGAGGGGGGAAGCAGCGAAGACCGCCGCCAGGAGAUCGUCGACGCGUGUCGAGUCCUGCAGGAGGCCGAGGCGACGUCGCCCAUGGCGAGCCGGUUUUUGAAGUCCCUCAUGGAUAUAUUGCAGAAAUAUCAAAUCCAAGUCCUACCGGCCACCACGGUUCCGGAUGUGCGACCACUGUCGGCCAACACCGGUGCCAGUGGCGUGCCUGAUCCGAAUCUGUCGGACAGGGACCUGGUGAACCCCAAUCAGAUUUUGCCAAGCACAUACGAUCCGUUGGAAAAUGCGAACAUUGAUGAUUUAUGGCAGAACUUCAUCAAUCUGGAUCAGAACUGCAGCCCGGGCAGCUGGGACCAUUUGUUUUCGGCCUUGGACAGCAGAAUUGUUUGA